UGAACUAGACAGGACAUAAUGGAAUGUUACUCGUGUAAAUCAAGAAUCCUUGAUCAAUCCUUGGUCAAGGCUGGAGAAUAUCAUCUGCAUGAAACCUGCAUGAAAUGUGCGUCUUGCUCCGACCCUCUCACCUCAACCUGCUUUAUGCUGGACGGAGCUGUGUACUGUAAACAGGACUAUGAGAAAUUAAUCGUUCCUCGAUGCAUCGUCUGCACACAUGGAUUCAAACAGGACGAAGAUGUUCAGAGAAUCGGAGAUUUGAAGUUUCAUCUCCAGUGUUUCUCCUGCUCCUGUUGUAAGAAGGUACUGGAGAAGGGGAUGAAGAUGGGACAGGAUCAUCAAGGAAACCUGCUCUGUGAGCAGGACUUUAUCAGAACCAUCGAAGAUUUCUCCAUGAGGGGGUAUGAACGCGUAAUUAAGGACGAGGACGAAAUUGAGGACAACAAGGACAUAAUCUUCCCAGAUUCCCCAGAGAAAUCGGACAAAGACGAGGACGAAUCGGACAAGGAGAACGAAGACAAAGACGAUGAGAAGAAGGAGUGCAAGGACGGAAAAAGAAGAGGACCUAGAACGAAUAUAUCCUCUAAACAGCUUGAGGUAUUGAAGAAUGUAUUUAAUGCAUCUCCUAAACCAACCAGGAUGAUGAGAGAACAGCUUGCCAAGGAUACAGGACUAACCAUGAGAGUUAUCCAGGUCUGGUUCCAGAACAAGAGAAGCAAAGAGAAGAGGAUGCACCAGCUCCGUUUUAUGGCCGGAGGAGGAUUCCAGAGAGUUCUGCAUCCUAUGUUUGCUCCACCCAAUGCAGUUGCUUACAACUACAACUCUAGGUUCGGAUACAGCUCCUACUGCGGAGAACAACCGGAGUUUUACGGAGAAUACAAUCCCUUCCCAUCCCCUCCUCAACAACACUCCGACUUUUCCUUCCAGGACUCGGAGAACUGUUUCCCCUCUCCUACCCUCUCCGAUCCCCAGAGUCCGGAAUAUAUCUCCGGAGAAACACUAGUUUUCUAAACUAUGUUUUCUAAAUUAUUAUAUCAAAAUAAAUCUGUGAUAACUUUAAAUAAUGAUCUUUAUUUCAUGUAUCUAAUAAAUAAAUAUGUAACAAUU